AGUUAUUUACGCCUAUUAUCCGCACAAAGCCAACAAAGAGAUCAUGGCGGCGGCGUUGCAGAGGCUCACAAAAUGAGUCAGUCUCUGCAAGGCUCGCUGGCUUGUACCACAACUGAGAUAUAUUAAUAUGGGAGUGGGCUUGAUUUCGCUUUUAUGAACUGGGAAUAAGUUACAGAAGCAGACGCCACGUACGGAUUUUAAAUGAGCAUGGAAGCAGGUGCAGACACACAGCAAAGUGGUGAAACAGCUGUCUCGGAGUCUGAGGCCCAGCAGAUCACCCUGGCCCAGACGUCGCUAGCAGCGGGUCAGGUGUCCUCAGGCAGCCCCACUCUCACGCUUGUGCAGUUACCAAAUGGUCAGACAGUCCAAGUGCAUGGAGUGAUUCAAGCUGCUCAGUCUUCUGUCAUCCAGUCUCCACAAGUCCAGACAGUACAGAUUUCCACUGUUGCUGAAAGUGAGGACUCUCAGGAGUCUGUGGACAGUGUGACAGAUUCUCAGAAGAGGCGAGAGAUCCUGUCCAGAAGGCCUUCAUACAGGAAGAUUUUGAACGACUUAUCGUCAGAUGCGCCAGCAGUGCCUCGAAUUGAGGAAGAGAAGUCAGAGGAUGAUUCUGCCCCUGCCAUUACCACAGUCACUAUGCCCACUCCCAUCUAUCAGACCAGCAGUGGCCAGUACAUUGCCAUUACCCAGGGUGGAGCUAUCCAGUUGGCCAAUAAUGGUACAGAUGGUGUAUUGACCAUGGCCAACGCUGCUGCAGCUCAGCCUGGUGCCACCAUCCUGCAGUACGCUCAGACCAGUGACGGGCAGCAAAUCCUAGUUCCCAGCAACCAGGUGGUUGUGCAAGCUGCCUCUGGUGAUGUCCAGGCCUAUCAGAUACGCACAGGCCCCACCAGCGCCAUCACUCCGGGAGUGGUUAUGGCCACUUCCCCUGCACUAGGUACAGCAGGAGGCACUGAAGAAGUGACACGUAAAAGAGAAGUCAGACUCAUGAAAAACAGAGAGGCUGCCCGGGAAUGUCGCAGGAAGAAGAAGGAGUACGUCAAGUGUCUGGAGAACCGCGUGGCUGUGCUGGAAAACCAGAACAAAACGCUGAUCGAGGAACUCAAAGCCCUCAAAGACUUGUACUGCCACAAAUCAGAGUAGAAACAUCAACCAAAUGCCUCCCAGGUGCUCGACAGGUGCCCCUCUGUACAGAGACUCAGCAUAGAGCCAUGCACCUGGAUGCCACUCUCCCUUUUCUACUCUAGCUUUCUUUUUAAAAAGUUGAGAUUUUAAAUCCAUUCGCAUCAAUUUCCCAUUAAAGGGUAAGGCAAUGUGGAGGAGACUACACAGGGUCCUUGUGGUGAAGUGAUAGGACAGACGUCAAGGCUGUUCUUGUUUUGUGCCACCAAAGGGAAGCAUUCCAGUCACUGGUGCCUGGACAAACUGGGCAACAUCACCAGCAACCGGGUAAUCACAUCACCACCCACCAUGGGACUUUUUAUCGGUUAACCUCCCUAACGCUUGAGCAUCCGGAGAGGUUACCUUUAUGUGUGCAGCAUUUGAAAUUGUAACGGAGCGUUUGCUGUAACAUCUGUUACUUCUGCUUGGAACAGUAGAUGGUCAUGGACAUUUUAUCUUUGAGCUGUAUUUUGUUCAUUGUAUAAGGUUAUCUGCUUGCAUUAAUGUCAUAUGCUUCUUUUUUACUUUCACUGACUUUGACAUGAACAAACAAGUAAUCAUUAAGUUGGAUGGAGUAAUAGUUGUCAAGUUAACUGCAGCUUCAAAAAUUCAAUGCAAACAAGUACAGCAGUAAAGGAACUCAAUCUUUUUAAAUCCAAAAACCAGUGACAAUUACAUCAAGAAUGAAAUGUAUUGGAAUGUUGGCCGUUACUGAGCUCAUGAAAUGUGUACAGUUUGCAAUGCAUGUUCCCAAUCGCAUUAUUACAUCUCACUGAACAUGUUUCUUUUUUUAAAUGGUUUGUUGUUAAAUUUAUAGAAGGACUAUUUUUCCUUUGUAUAUGUACAUUUGUUGCUCCAAGAGGACACUGGUCACCAUGGCUCAGGGUAAACAAGGUCCUUUAAUUGAGCAACAUACCCUGAGUUGUGUGAAGAAAAAAAAACGAGAAUAGAAACGAGCUGCUGCUCGUAAAUAUAUAGUGUAAAAAAAACAUUAACCUAAUGUGGCUGGGUUUAAAGUGUUUUACCCAUUAUUUUGUUUAAUGGAUUACUUUUAAUUUGUGUUAAUUCCUGGAUUUUUAAUAAUGAGCCUUACUUGUUAUGCAAUGAAAAUGCUCUUGUAAACUAAACAUAAUUUGGACAUAGGCUUCGUCACUGGAUCAAUAGACCGUCUAUUUUUAUGUAAUGUCCUCACCUUUUGCUACUGGGGAAAGUCUGAAAUAUUGAGUUGUUAAUAUGAAUCAGGAGAUAACAGGACUUCAUGUGAUGAGUGUGUCUUAAAGGACAGCUUCACCACUUUUUAACUGGCUUCCUAUGGCUUUAGUUUAGAGAGUACAAAUAUAUGAAUUACCAUCUUUGUUAUUCCCAUGUUAAAAUAUUCUUAUUUUAAUACAGGAAAACUGAAAUACCAUUUACACACGCAUACUUUUUAAAAUCCAUAGGAACAAACUAGCCUUGUAGGUGUCAGCAAAGACUGUCCCCAUGUCGUGUUUACAGGAUUACAGAGUGGCAUGUGCAUUUACCUUGCAAAUACAAUCCUACUACAUUUCACAUGACUGAGUAGGAGGCCUCCAAGCAGCACUGACCAGGCACAGCCUGCCGCUGCACCGUGGAGCACCUCCGAGCUCUUCUUUGAACGCCGCACCGCCACCCAAUAAUCAGAGUCUCAGCAGCAGUUUUGUGGCUUCGUAAUGACAAAAGCAUCACUGUGCAUCGAUCAUAUUCAGACACUUGUAUGUUGUGUGAAGUGUUGAGUGUUAACUUGGUUGCACCUAUCAAACAAAGCUGCAAACAGACUGUCAAGGCUGACCAAACCAGACCGUGAACUAAAUUGAUAAUGGAAUGCCAUAUUGUAUUCUUUUAGGUAUUAUGUAUAGUCAUUGCAGUAUGCUUUUUUUAUGUUGCUUUUGAUUAAUUUUGUAUUCACAAAUGUCAGCAUCAACUUAUAUAACAGUGCAUUAUGUUAGAGCUAUUCAAAUAUUAUGUUUUUGGCAGCUGUUAAUAAAAAUGUUUCUGGUACGUUU